AUGGAGUCGUUACCAAGUGAUCCUCUACUUGAGUAUAAUGAUGAUACUUUUAAAUCUCUACGAAAACAAUACAAUUUUGAAAAGAAAGAAGAUAUGGAUGCGGCUAUCGACGUCUUCGAAGAAUGGCUGACGAAACAGAAUCAUUUCACUAAAAAGGAGUACCCAAGAAAAUACUUAGAGAUAACACUAAUUUCGUUGAAGGGGUCUGUAGAACGAGCGAAAACUCAGAUGGAUCGGUUGUGUACACUCAAAACUAUUUUGGCGCGCUUUUUUGACAUAUCCGAUCCAAUAGUGGAAUACAGAUGCUUCAAAGGCAAAUUCCAGCAAGCGUUACUUCCAAGGCUAACCAAAGAACACCACAGAAUAUACGUAAGCAGAUUCCAGUGCAAUGGAUUGGAUGCAGAUUUCUACUUCAAAACUUUAAAAUGUGCAACAGCUAUAUGCGAAUACAUCAAAUUGCACGACUAUAAUGAUGGUUUCAUCGCGAUUGCUGACUUCCACGCCAUCAAUAUUGUCAGCUUUUUGUCCGAAGUGAACAUUUCGGACUUACGUCAAAUGGUCACUUUGAUAAUGGAAGGUUAUCAAAUGAGGGUGAAAGCCAUACACUUGGUGACUGAAUCAACAACAAUUGAUUUGUUGGUGAAAUUAUUCAAACAACUGUUCAGUCAGAAAAUCGGUCAGAGAAUCCAUACUCAUAAGUCAAUCGAUACUUUAUACGACUAUGUGCCUAGAGAAAUAUUGCCUUCGGAUUUUGGUGGCGAAGAAAAAUCAUUGGAGGAAUUAUUUGAUCAUACAUUGGAAGUCUUAGGAAGUGAAGAGAACAUGCAGGACUUGAUGGAAAUGAGAAGAGCAACGGUGGUGGAGAAGAUGCGACCGAAAGGGUUCGAAGAUUAUGGAAUGAUCGGGACAUUCAGGAGUUUGAGUGUAGACUGA